AUGUCCAAACCGGACUAUACACAAUUGAUUAGGGAACAGUAUACGGUAUUGCAGGUACAGUAAUCUUUGGGCGGGAAAAUUUGAGGGAACUACAGUAACCCUGAUCUACAGUACUUUUUGGAAAAUUUUAAGAAAAAAAAAAUAAAAAUUCGGAAGUCUACAGUAACCCAGAUCUACAGUAAGAAAAAUUGAAAUUUUUGUACGUUAAAAAUUCGAGAAAAAAAGUUUAUUACAGUAAUCGAGAGCUACAGUAGUCUUUAGAUAAAAAAAUUGAAUAAGCAAAAUACUACAGUACCUCUAUUUUUCCCGCCAAAAUCUACAGUAAUCCAAAUUUUUCUGACCAAAAAAUCGGAAUAUAAAGUUUACUACUGUCUCAUUUUGAUUAUCUCAUUUUGAUUUUUGGAAAAUCGAGAGCUACAGUAAUCCUGAACUACAGUAAUCUUUUCAAACUUUGAAAUCUACAGUAACCCCAAUAUUUUCUAGCUUUAAAAUCUGGAAAAAAGUCUAUUACAGUAAUCCAAUUUUUUAAAUAAAAAAUUGAAUGAAGAAAAUAACUACAGUACCUCUAUUUUUCCCGCCAAAAUCUACAGUAACCCAGGCCCCCAAUUUUUCCAGGCCGAACAUCUCGAACUUCGCCGUCAACACGAUCUACUGUUGGCCUCAUCCGGCGGCCCGUCAGGCUCAAAUUCCACGUCAUUUCCAGCCCGUCUUCUAGAACUCGCAAAAUCCCUCCAAAACAACGCGAAAUUCGCCGAUUGUCAAUUUGCGACUCGCGGAAGCGGAAGCGGAAGCGACGCGGAAAAAUCACUUCCCGCACAUCGAUUCGUGUUGGCGACUCGCUCGCGACUUUGGCAAAAUCUGGAAAUGUCCGCGGUUUUGGAGGUGGCCCCAGAGGAUUUCCAGAUUUUUGAGACGAAAAUCUAUCGAUGGAUCUAUGAGGAUCGCAUUGAAUUGGGCGCGGAUGCGGAAAAUGAAGAGGGAUUGAUGAGGAUUUGUGAGAUGGCGGCCAAAAUGAAAUUGGAACAGUUGAUGGAUUGGUGAGUGCAGAGAGAAAGGGGCGGGGCUUGCGAUUGCAAUUUUAGGGCAUAGUUUUUCUGGGGCAUUUUUUUUGAAACCAAAUUUGUUGAUUAGAAAUUAAGAAUCUGAAAAAAAAUUGAAAAAAAACUAGAAAACUAUGCCUCAAAAAUGCAAAAAGGGGCGUGGCUUGAAUUAUUGCAAUUUUAGAGCACAGUUUUUUCCAGGGAACCAAAUUUGUAAAUUGAAAAAUUUAAGAGCAUCUUCUCCAGAAAAAAAACUGUGCCGCAAAAUUGCAGAAAGGGGCGGGGCUUGCAAAAUUUGUUUUUUUUUUUUGCAAUUUUAGGGCACAGUUUUUCUGGGGAAUUUUUAAAGUUUGUUAAUAAAAAAUUACGAAUCUAAAAAAAAUUAAAAACAACUAAAAGACUGUGCCUCAAAAUUGCAAAAAGGGGAGUGGCUUGUUUAAUUUGUUUUUGCAAAUUCAGGGCACAGUUUUUCUGGGGAUUUUUUUUUGUGAAACCAAAUUUGUUAAUUGAAAAAUUUGGGAGCAUCUUCCCCAGAAAAAAACUAUGCCGCGAAAUUGCAGAAAGGGGCGUGGCUUGUUUAAUGUGUUUUUUUGCAAUUUUAGGGCACAGUUUUUCUGGGGAAUUUUUUUUGAAACCAAAUUUGUUAAUUGAAAAAUUACGAAUCUUAAAAAAAAUUAAAAAAUUUAAGAGCAUCUUCUCCAGAAAAAAAAACUAUGCCGCAAAAUUGCAGAAAGGGGCGUGGCUUGAAUAAUUUGUUUUUUUUUUGCAGUUUUAGGGCAUAGUUUUUCUGGGGAAUUUUUUUUUGAAAUCAAAUUUGUUAAUUAGAAAUUACGAAUCUAAAAAAAUUAAAAACAACUAGAAUACUGUGCCUCAAAAUUGCAAAAAGGGGCGUGGCUUGUUUUUUUGUUUUUGUUUUUGCAAUUUUGGGGCACAGUUUUUCUGCGGAAUUUUUUUUGUGAAACCAAAUUUGCAAAUUGAAAAAUUUAAGAGCUUCUUAACCAGAAAAAAAACUAUGCCUCAAAAUUGCAGAAAGGGGCGGAGCUUGAAUUGCAAUUUUAGGGCACAGUUUUUCUGGGGAUUUUUUUUUUUGGAACCGAAUUUCAGUGCGAAAAAUGGGCGGAGCUUAAAAUAUAAUUUUUUAAAUUAAAAAAAAUUCGCAAGAAAAAUGGGCGGAGCUUCAGAUUUGCAAUUUUGCCGCACAGACUUUCUGAGUUCAAUAUUUUUAUGAGAAGACCCCCCCCCACGAAAAAAAAAACUGUGCCGCAAAAUUGCAAAAAGGGGGCGUGGCUUGUAUAAUUUGUUUUUGUUUUUGCAAUUUCAGCGCACAGUUUUUCUGGGGAACCAAAUUUGUUAAUUAAAAAAUUUGGGAGCACCUUCCCCAGAAAAAAAAACUAUGCCUCAAAAUUGCAGAAAGGGGGCGUGGCUUGCAAUUGCAAUUUUUAGGGCACAGAAUUUUUGAGUUCAAUAUUUUUAUGAAAAAAAAACUGUGCCGCAAAAUCGCAAAAAAAAAUCCCCAAAUCAUUUUUUUCCAGCACAAUUGCUCAACUCUCCUCUCGUCUCAAUCCAUCAAAUUGCAUCCGUAUUUUCGAGUUCGCCGAAGUCGCCAAAUUCGAAAAACUCGCUGAAAUCUGCACUCAAAUGGUCUCAGCCAAUUGGCCACAUUUUAGCCCCGCCCAUUUUGCCCAACUCUCCGCCCCAAUAAUUUAUCGAUUGAUUUCGAAGAACACCGAAAAUGUGCUGAAAAAUGUGUGCGAUAUCGGUCGCGAAGAUGUGCUCUUCCUGUUUUUCAUACAAAAUUCUGAGAAUCUUCGAGAGCUUCUGAAUGCCACGUGGCACGAUUCUUCGUCAUGCGCUUUGGAGACGUGUCUACGCGAUUUGCCACGUUUGAUUGGCAUUGGAGCGCAAUUGAUCGAAAAAGGUGCUGAUGUGGAUUUGGUGAUUGGAGAAGAUGACGCGGAGAAUUUGUUGAUGAGAGCGAUUCGCAGGGAUUCUCUUGAAGCUGUACGGUUCUUAAAGGAACACGGCGCGAAUUUGAUGUAUCAGGUGGGUUGCUCAGGUUAAGAGCUUCAUUUUGAUACCAAACACGGCAUUGCUCAGGUUAGGCACUUCAUUUUGACACUAAAUAAUAUCAACUUUUUUUACUUAGUUAGUACUAAGUAAGUACUAACUAAGUAAGUAAGGGAUUGCUCAUGUUAAGUUGAGCCAAAAUUAGGAUUGCUCAGGUUAGGAUUAUUAUUUUGAUACCAAACACCACCGAAAUUGAGCCAAAAUUAUGAUUUUGGUAUUGCUCAUGUUAAAAUUCCAAUUUUUCCAAAUUGCUCAUAUUUAAAUUGAGCCAAAAUUAGGGAGUUUCUGAAGAAGAAAACGGGCAUUGCUCAGAUUAGAAGAUUUAUUAUUAUGCCCAAAAAUGUAGCAUUGCUCAUGUUAAAGAGAAGUUACAUAAUUUUACUAGAUUGCUCAGGUUAGACGCAUUAUUUUGACACUAAAUAAUAUCAAAGUUUGGGGUUGCUCAUGUUAAAGAGAAGUUACUUAAUUUUACUAGAUUGCUCAGGUUAGGCACAUUAUUUUGAAACCAAACACCACUGAAAUUGAGGUAAAAUUCGGCAUUGCUCAGGUUAGGAUUAUUAUUGUUCUGAAAUCGAAAAUCCCCGAUUUUUCCAAAAAAAAAGGAUUGCUCAUAUUAAGAGCAAAAAUUUUGUACAUUGCUCAUGUUAAUCCGAAAAAAAAUCAAUUUUUUCUCGCAGAAACCCAUCUCAAAAUCGACAGCCGCUCACAUUCUCGCCCAAACUUCGGCUAACUUCAAAAACACGGCCGAAAUUCUGGAAAUCCUCAAAUCUUCCGAAGUCCAACCCGAUUCCCAAGAUCGUACUCCCCUUCAAAUUGCAGUGUUAUCCCAAAAUUUCGAAUUUUGUCGCGCAAUUUUGCGAGCGCCGAAAUUUGCGGCCGCGAAUUUCGCGUCACGCGACGAACACACCGCGUUGAGUUUAGCCGUGUUGGAGGCGAAGAAUUUGCGAAUCGCCGAAUUGCUCAUAUUAAACGGAGCGGAUUUAAAGGCGCUUAGGAUUCAAGGAACACCGAUUUUGAAUAUUCUUCUACUCGAGGAGGAAAAUUUGGAACUCAUCAAACUUUUAUUGGAUUCUGGAGUGGAUUUUGAAGAUUAUGAUCGGAAAUCUGGAAAAUCAGCGAUUCAUUUGGCUGUGCAAAAUGGACUGACUCAAAUUUUGACGCAUAUUUUUGGAGCCACUAAAAAGAGCAGAAAUUACACGUGGCGGAGGGAUUCGGAAGGAAAAACUGCGUUGGAUUUGGCUGUGGAGAAGAGAGAUUUGAAGGCGGUGCAGAUUUUGAUUGAGGGUAGGUCGGGCCUGAAAUUCCGUGUUUUUGAUACCGAAUAAGCCUAGGCUUAGGCUUAGGCUCAAAAUUAGGCCUUUUAGAAUCAAAUCUGAGUCUAGAUUUGGGCUAAAGCCUAAUUUUAGACCUGAAAAUAAAAUUCACUGAAUUUCUCAGUUGAAAAAAUUCGAAUUCAAAAUUUUGCCGCUAAAAUUUCACAAAAAUUCUGAUUGUGAAAGGAAAAUUUUUGAAAAAUUAUUUUUUUGGAAAAUUUUUUUUGAAAUUUUCAAAAAUUCUUUUUUUUUGAAAAUUCAAAAAAAAUUUGAAUUUUCAAAAAAUUAAGCCACAUGGAUUUUUUCAAUUUUUUUUCAAUUUUUUGAACAAAAAAUUCAAAUUCAAAAUUUUCAAAAAAAAAUCCUGAAAGGAAAAAAAAUUUUGAAAUUUUUUAAAAUUCAAAAAAAAUUGAAUUUUCAAAAAUUACGCCACGUGGAUUCUUUCAAGGUUUUUUUUCAAUUUUUUGAACAAAAAAUUCAAAUUCAGAAUUUUGGCGCCGAAAUUCCAAAAAAAAAAACCUGAAAAAAAAAUUUGAAAUUUUUAAAAAUUCUUUUUUUUGAAAUUUUUAAAAAUUGAAAAAAAAAUUUGAAUUUUCAAAAAUUGCGCCACGUGGAUUUUUUCACACGAAAAUUGGAUUUUCAAAAUUUUCCCCCGCUCAAAAAUUUGAAUUUUUGCAGCCGGCGCUCCAAUCAACGAACCCGACUCUGAAAAUCUGACACUUUUGGCCAAAUCCAUUCUGGCGAAAGACGAUGAGAUGGCCGUGUUUUUAAUCGAUCAUGGAGCAAAAGCUCAGGAGCAAAAUGGGUAGGUUUGGGGGGAUUUUUGGGUGAAAAUGGUCCUGAAAAGCUCCAAUUUCACGGUCCAAAUCCCUUUGUUUUUCCAGGAAUCUCGAAAAAUCAUAUCUAGAGCUCAGCUGUGAAUCAGGACUUUUGGAAACUGUUCGAUCUUUAAUCUCAACUGGACUUCAAAUAACUCCAAAUCUUCUCGAACUCGCACUUUUGGGACAAUAUUUUGAAGUUGCUAAUUUAUUGGUUCAAUUUGGAUGUCCCUUAGAUUCCACGAUUCUUCACAAAUUCCUUGAUGCCAAUGAUCAACCAGCUGCGAUCUUCCUAAUCCGCGCAGGUUGCGAUGUUUCAUCAUCGACACAAUCUACUGAUGUUGAACCAGCGAUUCAUAUAGCUGUUGGUUGGUCGAUGUUGGAUGUUUUGCGAGAAUUGGUUGCGCGGGACCCGACGCAACUUGUGGCGCAAGAUGCGAAUGGCAGAACUGCGGCGCAUCUUGCGGUGAGGGAGCAGAAUUUGGAGGCGAUGCAGAUUUUGUUGGAAUCGCCGGAUUGUGAUUUUAUUGCGAUUCGAGAUAGAUUUGGGCAGACGAUUUUGUCGCAAGCGAUGAUUGCGAGGGAUCAUAAAAUUGCGGCGAAAAUUGUUGAGAGACAACCGCAUGCCGCUGCACAAACUAAUGGAAAUGGUGAGGAUUUUGAGAGCCUAGAUGAAGUUUUGAGCCAAAUCCUGAUUUUGAAAAAAAAAAAGAAUCUCUUGUGAGCCUGAAAUCUAGAAAAACAGCUGAGAAUGGGCCCAAAAUAGCCUAAAAAACCAGAGAAUCUUAUCAAAUUUUGGAUGAAUUUUGUUAAGCCUAAAUUAGGGCCUUAGUUUUUAACAAGCCUGAAAUCUACAAAAUUCUAGGCCUAUUUUCCAGCCUAAUGUGAAAGCCCGGGCCUUUUUAAGAGGUCAAAAAUUUGGCCUUUACAAAUAUCGCGUCUUUUUUUAUCUAAAAAAACCUUAAGUCUGGAAUUCCUAAAAAUUAGGCUCGUCUAAAUUAAGCCUAAGCCUCUUUGGAGCCUGGAAAAACCAGAAAAUCUGGAAUUUUUUGAAGUCUUCAAUUUUCAGCCUGAAUUUGGUUGUAAAACUAAUUUUUAUCUGGAAUUUGUGCACGUUUUUAAUUCUGAAAAUCUGAAAAUUUUAUGUAAAAAAAUGUUUUUUAAUUAUAAAUUUUCUAACAAAUUCUCUGAUUUCCAGAAUUGAAAAAUUAAAAAAAAUUUUUUAACAAAAAAAUUUUAACAAAAAAUUUUCUAAAAAAAUUUCAGAUAUUCAGAAUGAAAAACGUGCACAAAUUCCAGAUAAAAAUUAGUUUUACAACCAAAUUCAGGCUGAAAUUUGAAGACUUCAAAAAAUUUUGCGGAAAUUUUCCGGAUUUUUUUUUCCGGAGGCUUUAGGACCCGUAGGCUUUUUUAAGCCUAAUUUUUAGAAAUUCCAGACUCAAGGUUUUCUUAAUUUCUUAAAAAAAAGGCCAAACUUUUGACCUGUUAAAAAGGCCCGGGCUUUUACAUUAGCGGUCUGGAAAUUAGGCCUAGAUAAGCCUAGAUAGUUCUGCGGUCUGGAAAAUAGGCCUAGAAUUUUGUAGAUUUCAGGCUUGUGAAAAAAUAAGGCCCUAAUUUAGGCUUCAACAAAAUUUAUCCUAAAUUUUAUAAGGUUCUCUGGUUUUUCAGGCUAUUUUAGGGCCAUUCUCAGCUUUUUUCUAGAUUUCAGGCUCACAGGAAAUUCUUUGGAAAAUUUGAGCUUCUAGAUUUUUUUUUCAAAAUCAGGAUUUGGCUCAAAAGUUCAUCUAGGCUCCUAGAAAAACCCCAAGGCUUCUAAAAAACUAAAUUUUCACAGGCGAAAACCUCCUACACUCUGCAAUUCGUCAAAACGAUUUCGAAGCCGUGCUCUUUUUAUUAGCAGUUGCUCGAAUUGAUGUCGGAAGAGCAGUUCAGGAUGGAACCGGCAAAACACCAUUACAUUUGGCGGCUGUUGUGCAAAAUGAGAUGAUUAUUCGGAAUUUGGUAGGCUUUCCGGGCUUUUCGGGCUUUCCGGACUUUUGAAAAUCAAGUUUUUGCAGAUUUUGGCCGCUGAAAAUGUGAAUUCACAAUCUACAGAUGGUUGCACACCAUUACACGACGCUUUGAAAGCCCGGAAAACAGCGCAGGCUCGGAUUUUGCUCGAAAACCGGGCCGAUCCCGCAAUCCGUGAUGAAUACGGUGAAAAUGGUUGGUUUUUAUUCAUUUUUAGGCUUGCCACGUGGCAGAUCGGAAAACUUUUUGAAAAUUUCCCGAAUUUAAAUUUCAGCAUUUUUGUGUGCGGUGAGAAGUGGCGAUUUGGAAUGUGUGAAAUUGAUUGAUCAGGCUGAAGAAAUUUGCGGAAAUCUCAAAUUUGAACGCAAUAAAAUGUGGGUUUUCAGGCCAAACUGGGCUUCAGGACCCAAAAAUUUGGUGAUUUUCAGAGGUAUGACGUGUCUACAUUUGUGUGCACUUUUGACGCCCGAAAAAGGAGCGAAUAAGUGGGUUUUUUUUGGAGGAGGGAAAAGGGAUUUGAAGAAAUUUGAAAAAAAAUAAAAAAUUUUAGGUUUUUAUGUGCAUUUUUGAAUUCUUGGUGAAAUUUGGGUUCGAAAGACAUCUCACAAGACAUAUUUUGGUGAAAAAUUAUUUUCAGACUUCUCAUUUUCAGCUCUGAGUUUUGAAAUUCUGAAAAAUUAAAAAAAAAAAAAAAUUUUAAUUUUAAUAAGGCCUAAAAAAGGGUCCUGUAUCUCUAACCUUCUCCAAUUUUUCUUUUAAAAUUUCAAAUUUUUUUUAAAAAUUUAAAAAUUAAAAAAAAAUUUAGGCUUUAAUAAGACCUAAAAAAGAGUCCUGUAUUUCUAAAAAACCUUCUCCAAUUUUUCUUUUAAAAUUUCAAAUUUUUUUUUAAAUUUAAAAAAUUUUGAAAUUUUUUUUUAAAAUUUUAUUAGGUCCUGAAAAAGGGCCCUAUAUUUCUAAGCUUCUCCAAUUUUUCUUUUAAAGGGUUGGUGCUCCGCCAAGGAAUCUUGCUUGGUUUAGAUAAGAAUAAGGUGCUCCUGGAGGGUUCCAGUUUUAGAAAAAAUUCUAGUAUCAAUUCAGCCCAUGUUUUUCCUCAAAAACACAAGCGAGUUAAAACCUACGAAAUAAAGCAUGUAAAUGCGCUCUAGCGCACAACUUGUUUUUGAAUUUUUGUGUGUGUGUUUGCACACAACUUUGAAAAUAACACGGUGACGCCUUUUUGCAGACGAUUUUUUCACCAGGAAAGCACCAACCCUUUAAAAUUUCAAUUUUUUUUUAAAUUUAAAAAUUUGAAAAAAUUUUUAGGAUUUAAUAAGGCCUUAAAAAGAGUCCUGUAUUUCUAAACUUCUCCAAUUUUCCUUUUAAAAUUUCAAAAAUUUUUUUUAAUUUUAAAAUUUAAAAAAAAAUUAGGCUUUAAUAAGGCCUUAAAAAAAGGCCUUUGAUUUGAGCGGGAAAGAAUUUUUUAUUAAAAAAAUUUUUUUUUGUAAAUUUUGAAUUCCCGCCCAAAUCCAAAUUUUGAUUUGAGCGGGAAAGAAUUUUUUGAAAAAAAAUUUUUUUAUCAAAAAUUCUUUAUCGCCUGAAUCAAAUUUUUGAAAAUUUUGAAUUCCCGCCUGAAAAUAUUUUUUUCUUCUCUAAAUUAAAAUUUUCUGAUCCUAGGAUUGUGAGGUGUCCCAAAACUCAAAUUUUCAUGAAAAAUUCGAUUUCGGGCUCCAAAAUUAUAGCUUUUUCUCAAAAAACCUGAAAUUAAGGCUCAAAUUCAUCAAUUUUUCAAAAAAUUCCCAAGAUGUUUCCAUUUUUUGCUCACAGAAACGCCUCAAUGGAAAUAUGUGAGCUGCUACUGCGCAACUUCGCAGAAAUCGACAAAAAUGUUGCGGGAUUUAUAGAUGCGCAAGAUGCGGAUGGAAAUACAGGUAGGCCUGGCCUAUUUUCAGCCUAAAAAAGCCUGAAAAUGGCCUAUUUUCAGCCCUAAAAAAGCCUGAAAAUGGCCUAUUUUCAGCCUAAGAAAGCCCCUUUUUUUCAGCCCUAAUGAUUGCGUACUCUUUGGGAAACGCGGCGGUUUGUCGAAGUUUGUUGCGUCGAAAAGCAUCGAUGGGAAUCAAAAAUAAUGGAGAUGUCAAUGUAUUCACCUACGAAACUGCCACCAAACAAUUGUUGUUGGGAUUGUUGGGUGAGUUGGAAAAAGUGUGCGGUGAAAUUGCAAAAAAUUAGGCCACGCCCACUCUAUUCAAGUCGAAAAAAUGACUAAAAAAAACAAUUUUUUACAAAAAAAUACAGUUUUUUCCUAUUUUUUGACAUUUUUCUACACACAAAAUGAAAAAAAUGUCAAAAAUUUGGAAAAAAAAAAUAAUUUUUAGACAAAAAUGUUUAAACCUUGCAAAAUUCAAAAAAAAAAACAUCCUGAAAACUGUGCCCUAAAAUUGCAAUGAAAAAUCCAAGCUCCGCCCAUUUUGAAACCGAAAUUUCCCCAUUUCAGAAUCUCUAGAAUGCGAGCCUCGCUGGUCCGACUCAGACACUUGCGAUUGUGGCUUGCGAUUUAGCCUAACUCAACGAAAACAUCAUUGUCGUCAUUGUGGUCGACACGUGUGUGCAAAAUGCUCCGAAACAACAAUGCCGAUAGCGAAAUACGGAGAGGAGAAACGUGUUCGCGUGUGUGACGUGUGUAGCCACGUCAUUUCGGGUAAACGAUGA